UUCGGCGUUUUUCUGCGUAACUGUGUGGACGUUAUUCUGAACGGCAACCAAAAACCCAGCAGGCAUUCAACUUUAUAAGCAGCAGAGCUACCUGAAAAAAGUGGUCAAGCAAGAGUAAUUGCACAAAUUUAUAAAAUUUGCAAAUCUUGUUGAAACUACGUGUUUUGGUUUUAAGUAUUAAAAAAGUCGUGUUUACGUACGCGUGCUACUUGCAAAAACUAAAACUAAACACUUUUCGCGCUUCUCUUUGAAAAGUAAUUCUUUAAAAGUUAAAAUGGCUGAUGUGGCUGAGAAAAAGAACGAUACCCCCGUGGUUGAGAAAGUUGCCGCUGAGGAGGUUGAUGCUGUAAAGAAGGAUGCCGUUGUUGCCGAUGAAGCAGCAGCAGAGACACCGACCACCACAGAGAACGGUGCCGGCGAGGAGUCGAGCAGCAGCGCCGACGGCGCUAAGGAGAAUGGUGCUGAGGCGAGCGCCGAAGCUGCACCCGCUGCCGACGCUGUCGAUGGCGAGAAGACCGAAGCAACCGCCGCAGCACCAGCCGAUGAGAAGAAGGAGGAGGAGGCUGACGAGAAGACAACAGCUGAGGCCAAGCCAAGCAGUGAGGCAGCAGCAGCCGUUGAGAAUGGCGCCGACGAUGCAGAAGCAGCAAACGGUGAUUCAAAAGAUGCGCCCGCCGCUGAAGCUGUAAAGCGAAAGGUCGAUGAGGCCACCGCUAAAGCAGAUGAAGUCGUUGCCACGCCGGAGAAGAAGGCGAAGCUGGACGAAGCCAGCUCAAAGGAUGAAGUUCAAAAUGGUGCCGAAGCCAGCGAGGUAGCUGCCUAAAGUCCUGGCUAACUGCAUCGUAUCGCCCGCUCAGCCAGCAGCACAGUAAUACAUUUAAAUUUACUAACACACAAACAAAUCACACACAAAAUGCGCGCACGCACUCAUGCACAAACACACACACACGCACACAAACACUGACAUUAGUAAGUGUGUGUGUGUGUGGGUGUGCAUGUGUGUGCUGGCGUCUCUAAUAACAAUCCUGUAAAAAGGGAGCGUGUAGUCUUAAAAUGUACCGAUUCUCUCUGACUUUACUAACAAAAAAAAAGAAACAAAACAAAAAAAACAA